UUAAUUUUAAAUAUUUCCUCUGUUUGAGCCCUUGAUUUUUGUCGAAGCCUGUGCAGAGAAAAUUCUAAUCGAGGUCCAGGGAGAAAGGGAGGGAGAUUCAUCAGAAUUCGCUUUUCUCCUCGCCAUGGACUCUCAUCACGCUUCUCUUGGUCGAAGAACGUUGGAAGAGAUUAGACAAAAGAGAGCUGCUGAGAGAUUGAGCAAAACAUCUUCCGGACCAGAUCUCACCAAAGCUCCAAUUCCUAGUGAUAAUAUGGGAAUGAAAAAAUCAGAAAGCUCAACUCGACUCUCUGAGACCGAUGUUAGUGGAUUAGUAUCUCAGCUAAAAGAUCUGCAGAAAAAGAAUGCAGAUUUGGAGGAAAGCAACAAGGUGUUAUCCUUGAAGAUUCAAACAAAAGAUGUUAAGAAUGAAUCACUGCUGAAGCGCUUAAAUGAUUUGGUAAAGGAGCAGAAUACUGUACCAUCUUUAAGAAAAGCACUCAAGGAUGUGGCCAUGGAGAAAGAUGCAGCAGUGGUUGCACGGGAGGACCUUUCAGCCCAGCUUCGCACCCUUAAGAAACGUCUGAAGGAUGCAGAAGAAGAACAAUACAGAGCUGAGGAAGAUGCAGCAGCUUUGAGAGCAGAGUUAAACUCGAUUCAGCAACAAGCGAUGAGUAAUAAUAUACUCAGUGGAAUGACAUCUGUUGGUAUUUCUCCAGAUCAAGUACAAAACUUGGAAAAGGAGUUGGCUGGUUUAAAGUCAAAUUUGCAGCAAGAGUCAUUAUUGAGGCAAAAAGAGCAACAACGGUUAGCAGAGGAGCAAGCUCGGGUUUCUACCCUUACAUCUGAAAAUCUGGAAUUGGAGGAGAAACUUGCAGCUAUAUCCAGAAGAGGCCCUGAAGUAUCAGAAAAAGUAGCUCAUAAGGUGUUUUCAGUGGAAGAAAAGGAGAAACUUGAGAAGCGGUUGCAUGAUAUGGCUGAAGCAGUUGAGAGAUUGGAGAGUAGCAGGCAGAAACUUUUAAAGGAGAUUGAUUCCCAAUCUACAGAGAUAGAGAAGCUAUUUGAGGAAAAUUCUAAUCUCUCUUCUUCUUAUCAAGAGGCAAGAAGUAUAGCAAAACAGUGGGAGAAUCAGUUGAAGGACUGUCUUAAGCAAAAUGAAGAGCUUCGUGGAGUUCUCGUUAAGAUGAGAAUGGAGCAGUCUAGUAUGCUCUCUUCAGGUGAUAAGGAUAUCCUGGGAAGUUCCACUGAACGCAAUAGCAAUGGGAUAAAUGAGACUGGUUCACAGACGUAUACAACUGAGGUCAUUUCCCUCAAGGGUGAGCUUGCAAAAGAGCAGAACAGAGCAGAAGCUUUGUCAGCAGAGGUCCUGCAGCUAUCAGCAAAACUCCAAGAAGCUACACAGGCAUAUAAUGGUCUUGCACGCCUCUAUAAACCAGUGCUGAGGAACAUUGAAAACAGCCUCAUCAAAAUGAAGCAAGAUGGCUCUGUGACUGUACUGUGAAAACACAGCAAUUUUACUGCGAUAUCAAGCUUUCUUUCUUUGACUAGUUCGUUGCAAUACUUUUGAGUACUUAACAAUUUUGGGGUAUUGCUUGCUAGAAACAAUUUUCAGAGGAAUGUUUUAAACAGAUUCCCUUAUUUGUUGUACAAGGGUUGGGCCAGCAACUAUAAACAAAAAGUUGAUCUACUUGCUGCAUUCAUUUACUAAUAUAAAGUGGUGUAUUGUUUUCUUGUUCA